UGAUCCCAUUAUCUCGAGAAUGAGACAUCCUGCUAUUUCACUCACAAUCUUUACAAAGAAAAGUCACCAGCUGUCACCUUCUAGCAGAUCCAUGAUCAGGUCGUUCUGUGGAAACUUCUACUCUCAACAAUUAUUAACAAUUAACCAAAACCCACUUGAGCUCGUCAGUUCAGGCCACUAGACCUGCGUGAGCACCAGAAUGUGUUUGUCUUUGGUGAGCGUAGUAGCACUCAGGAGUUAAUGUGAAUUAGUUGGGCAAACACAGCUAAUGCGGGAUGUGUAAUUGGACAGUCACUUAAAAGUGUUAAAGUGUGUUUGCGCACAAGAUUCGUUUUCCGCUGACAAAGACUGUAGAAUCUGCCUAGACAUGUAUAAAAGUGAGAAGCACACACUGUUCGUCCCAAACCUUCUCUCGUCUACCAUCUCUGCUGUUUCUUAUCCUCCACUUCAAGAACAGCGUGACCAUGGCAGUGUGGCUCCAGGCUGGUGCUCUGUUGUUCCUGUUGGCCGUCUCCAGUGUGAAUGCUAAUGCAGGGGCCACGCAGCACCUGUGUGGAUCCCAUCUGGUCGAUGCCCUCUACCUGGUCUGUGGUCCUACAGGCUUCUUCUACAACCCCAAAAGAGAAGUUGUUGACCCUCUUCUGGGUUUCCUUCCUCCAAAGUCUGCCCAGGAAACUGAGGUGGCCGACUUUGCAUUUAAAGAUCAUGCCGAGCCGAUGAGGAAGAGAGGCAUUGUGGAGCAGUGCUGCCACAAACCCUGCAGUAUAUUUGAACUGCAGAAUUACUGUAACCCUGCGCAUGUCCCGUGACAACUGCCAAUGACUUGAGCAACCACAGCUCUUGAUUAGUUUUUCAUAGAAAAUAAAACAAAUUAAAAUGAAUGCAAGAGUUUUUGUAUCUCUACAUUGCAACUUAAAUAAGAUAUUUAAAAAUUCAAAAUGCGAAAUCAAUUCAGUUUUAUUUGACAAGAUAAGGAUUAACAGGAAUAAUUCACAUUAGUUCAGCCCCAUCUGGGCUCUCCUGAUUGAAAUACAGACUGUGCUCAGAUUCUGAGACUUUUGGUUCCAUGACUAAAACUUGAAACCUCUAUAGUGCUCUAAUUCUAACAUCAUAUCAUCCAAGCCAUGGGUUAGCCCAUCAUAACAGACAUCAUUUACUAAUGAAAGACUUAAGGGUAUAAUAGCAAAAUAGCUUGUUUAAUUCUGAGGGCCAGAGAAAUGGUAAUAAAAACUAUAUUUUGGUUCAACAUUGACUACAGACAAGGCAAAAAAAAAAAACAAAAAAAAACAAUAGCUUUGUUACUGUACAGUAGUGGUACAGUAGCAAGAUUGUGAUCUUUUUUCAAAAUAUAUAUUAGAAGGCCUUUUUAUUCCCUGAAUGCAAGCUUUGUCAAAUUAAAAAAAAAAAACUUUAAAAAAAAAAAAAUGGACUGUGAUCAUUCUGAGGUUGAAGUUUUACUAAUUCGGUAUAACACUGUCAAACCAAAACAUAUAUAAAAAAAGUAUACUUACAACUUUUAAUUUUAUACACUUUAUAACCUCAUAUGUUAUUAUUAUAAAUAUGAUAGAAUAAUAAUAAUAAUAAUCUGAGAAGUCUGUUUUCAUGACCUCUUUUUGAAUAGAACAGUAGGUUUGAAAAUACAAAGUUGCAUCAUCUAUGUAGACAGAUCAAUAUAAAUUGGAAUAUUCCACAAUAUUAUUGGUUAUGAACAAAUAAACAGCCUUGGUGAGCAAAAAAG